AUGGCGUCGAUUGCUUAUGCUAUCAUCUUUUUAUUAUGCAUAUUAAGCAUAAGUUUUUGCCAGGCGGAAGUUGAUCAUGCAGAUAGUGGUGAUGCUACUUCAUUAUCAGCAGAAGAAAUAUUUGAUUCAGAAGUACCUAUUCCCAUAAAAAUAGGCUACCGCAAUCAAAACAUUAAUAAUAUGGUAAGACACCCAUCAGGAGUCUUAGAAAAAAAAAUAGCUGCACAAAUCAAUGAAAUAAGAGCAAAGAACCUGCUUAAGGACUCCGUGUACCAAGAUUAUGAUGAGCAGCCCAGCCACAUUGCUCUAAAAAAGUUCUGGGGAAAAUGGCAACGAAGGAGAACCUCCGUCAGACCACCAACAACGACCAGAACAACAGUCAACAGAACUCCAACCACCUCCACUGCAAUUCCGCCUUCAACAACAAAUAUUGACCCUUCUACAUCGACUGCAGUGGCAUCAUCAACAGGAAUUCCAACCACUUCCACUGCAAUUCCGCCUACAACAACGACGACAACAGAUGACCCAACAACAUCCACUGCAAUUCCGCCUACAACAACAACAACGACAACAGAAGCCCUAACCACCUCCACUGCGAUUCCGCCUUCAACAACCACGACAACAGAAGCUCCAACCACUUCCACAGCAAUCCCGCCUACAACAACCACGACCACAGUACCCCCAACAACUUCUACCGCAAUUCCACCUUCAACAACCACGACCACAGUAGCCCCAACAACUUCUACCGCAAUUCCGCCUUCAACAACCACGACAACAGAGGCCCCAACCACCACCACGACAUCAGUAGCCCCAACAACUUCCACAGCAAUCCCGCAUACAACAACCACGACAACAGAAGCCCUAACCACCUCCACUGCGAUUACGCCUUCAACAACCACGACAACAGGAGCUCCAACCACUUCCACAGCAAUCCCGCCUACAACAACCACGACCACAGUAGCCCCAACAACUUCUAUCGCAAUUCCGCCUUCAACAACCACGACAACAGAAGCCUUAACCACCUCCACCGCAAUUCCGCCUUCAACAACCACGACAACGGAAGACCCAACAACCUCCACUGCAAUUCCGCCCUCGACAACCACGACAGCUUAAUCUCCAACAACCUCCACUGCGAUUCCGCCUUCAACCAUAUAA